GACUACUGGUUUUCAUAUGAAAUCUAAGUAAAGCAUAACCUACAUAAAGUACUUGAUAUUUGACAGUUGUAUCAUAAAUAAACAGUUAAUUGAAAACUAUAAAUAGAUGAAGUUUAAAAUUAGUAACUGAGAAGUGGGAAUUAAUUACAUUGUAAUUUGAAAUAAUAUAAUCAUGGUUAUUUAUGGUGUUUAUAUCGUAUCAAAAUCGGGUGGACUAAUAUUUAAUCACGAUCACAACGUUCCACGAAUUGAAAAUGAAAGGACAUUUAAUUUUCCUCUUGAUAUAAAAUUAAAUUACGAAAAUAAGAAGAUUGUCGUCUCAUUUGGGCAAAAAGAUGGAAUUAAUGUGGGUCAUGUUUUAACUGCAGUAAAUGGUAGUCCCGUAAUAGGUCGCGAAUUGGAGAAUGGGAAAGAUGUGUUUGAAUUGCUAGAACAACCAGAGAAUUUUCCUAUGUCGCUUAGAUUUAGUCGAGCGAGAAUGACAACCAAUGAAAAAAUUUUUUUAGCAUCAAUGUUCUAUCCUCUAUUUGCAAUUGCUAGUCAAUUAAGUCCAGAACCCCGCUGUUCUGGCAUUGAAAUUUUAGAAGCAGAUACAUUUAGAUUACAUUGCUACCAAACAUUGACUGGAAUUAAAUUCAUUGUGGUAGCAGAACCUACACAAAGUGGGAUAGAAAUUCUGUUGAAAAGAGUAUAUGAACUAUAUGCAGAUUAUGCUUUGAAAAAUCCUUUUUAUUCACUGGAAAUGCCAAUUAGAUGUGAAUUGUUUGAGACUAAUUUACAAAGCUUAUUAGAAAAUGUUGAGAAGUCUGGUGCUAGCAACGUAUAAUCCAUGAUAAGGUAAUUAUCUUAUAAAUAAUAUUACACAAAACUUGUACAAAAUCAAUGUUGGUUAAGUCAGAUGAAACUUGUUAACAUUUUGUAUGACUGGUAUUGUAAAGUACAAUGUAUUAAACUGUAAAUGAUACUGAAUGUAAAUAAUCAAGAUUCUCGUUUAUACUUAA